AUGAAGUUCUUCGCCGUCACUCUCUUCCUCGCCACCGCCCUCGCCGCUCCCUCCGUGGACAGCAACGGCAACGGCGUCGCCCGUCGCCAGGCCGCUCCCGCCUUCUGCCCCCCCGGCCUGCUCUACUCCGUCCCGCAGUGCUGCGAGGUCAAUGUCCUUGGCGUUGCGGACCUUGAUUGCGUCGCUCCUCCUUCCGCACCCAGCAACUGCAAGACUUUUGGCGGUAUCUGCUCCAAAAUCGGUAAGCAGCCUAAGUGCUGUGUUCUACCAAUUGCCGGCCAAGCUCUUCUCUGCGUUGACCCCGUCGGCGCUCGCAACUAA